CUAUUCCUAAAAAUAUUCUAUUCAUUCGAGAGGGUGUAACUUUAUAGACGAAGCAGUGUUUUGUUAUGUUCAAACAUGUUGAUAAUAUCAUAUCAAUAAAGCAAUUUCAAUUUAUAUUUCCUCAACUUGUUAUUGUUGGCGAAGUUUGCACAUUAAGUUAAAUGUUUUAAUUGAUGUAGGCCAAUUACUAUUACUUUAUUGUUUCACUGUUCACUGUUAUGAAUUUUAGGCUCUUUUAUUUACGAUAUUUUAGGGCCAAUAUCAAAUAAUAGUGACAAUAUAGAAAUAGAUUAGGCCCAAUUUUAAUAUUUUUAACUUUAACUAUUAACAACUUAGGACUUGGUUACUUAUGCCUAUGCUUAUAACUUUUAUUAGUUUUACUUUAGGCCUAGGUAAGAUAAUUUAAGAUGAUACUAAUACUAAUAUUUACUAGGAAGUGGGACAAAUAAUAAAUAUAAUUUUUAAAAAGUAAAAGAAAUUAAUAAUUAAUUCUAAUACUAGUUAGGAUUGACAAAAAGCAUGACAUUUAAAUUUAAUAGUAAUCCUAUUAAUUAAAAUAAUAUUAAUUUACUAUUGAGAAUUGAUAUUUCAGAUUAGCAUAUUCAUAUGACCUGAUAAAAACUUAGACUUAGACCUUACUAGUAAAUAAAAAAUUUAUCUUCACAAUAAAAAUAAAUGUGGUUGGAACAGUCACAUUGUUGUAGCCCCAUUUAGUAUUCUGAAAUUGUUUAAUUGUUUUAGUAAUAGUAAUUAUUACAUUUUUAGGAAAACCAAUCACUCAUUUCAAUAUGUCUUAUGUGUGAAUUUCUGGUAUCAACUUCAUAAGUAUAAGCAUAAAGCCAAGGGCAAGGGGCCAUUCAUACUCAUUCAUCAAUCAUGUCACCUGGGGUAGAUUUUUUACCCACCUCCUCUAUCUGGCCUAAGAUCACAAAAUUUAGACAUUCUCAAUAACACAGUUACAAGUCACAAAUUCAUGAUUCACCCCCCCCCCCCCCCCUUUUAAAAAAAAAAAAAUAAUUGUUUGUGACAUAUUAUAAAUAUGAGCCCUCAUAAUAAUAAAAGGUGAUGUAGUCUACUACUUGCAAGUCUACUAUAAUUUUACAUUCAAGUUCUAUGGAUAGAGUUAGUAGUAUAAAAUCAUUGAGCUAAGGCUUAGGUCUUUUUAGCCCUGAUAAUAAUUUUUUAAAAUGUGGAGAGCCUUUAUGGCCCAAGUGGAUCAAAGUGAAUAAGGGAUCAAAGAUCAGCACUAUUUAGGAUCUUAGUUAGUGUUAGGUUUACUUUUAAGCACUAAGAAAUGCCAAUAAGUGAUCAAAGACGCAAAAGUAAUCAAUAAAUCUUUGCCCAAUAAACCUAUUGUCUAUACUCUUUAUAGAUUUCUUUCUGUGUGAGGUUGUUUAUGGAUGUCCCUUGACUCAAAUAUCUUAGGACCUUGAUAAAUAUUUUGGAACACUCACACUGAAUAUGUAAUCACAAAAAGCUUCCCCUACGUUUCCAUACCCCAAUUAAUCAAAACACUGUUGAAAGUUAAUUUAAUCUUUUAAAAAUAAAUUAGCUUAUUGUCACACAAAAAAAUAAUAAUGAUGUUAUAUGAACUUUUUGUGUUAGUUAUCAGAAUCAGGGCUGUGUUAAGGAAAAGCAGCACCCUGAGCAAAACCUGAAAAUGGCGCCCAUUGAUAUAUAGAAACAUUUGCACCCCAUAGUUACAUUAUUGGGUCUGUUUUAAUUCGCUCUACUAUUACAUUUAAAAACUUAAUGGAAACGAGUUUAGAAACAACUAUUUAGGAAACAACCAAAUUUGAAAAAGUAGACACCAAACACAGACAACUGCUCUGUUUUACAAAAAUUUGGGUAUGCACUAUAGGCAACAAUAUUUAGCAUUAGUCCCUUAGUAACAAAAGUCAAACCCCCCCCCCCCCCCCUCCCAAAAAAAAAAACACUGUCAGAAAGAUGACAGAAUCAUAUGUUUAUUACUGCUAACUUCUGUUCUCACACUUUAACACAGAUAACUGCUCUGUUUUACAGAAAUUUGGGAAUGCACUAUAGGCAACAAUAUUUAGCAUUAGUCCAUUAGUAACAAAAGUCAAACCCCCCCUCCCCCCCCUCCCAAAAAAAAAAACACUGUCAGAAAGAUGACAGAAUCAUAUGUUUAUUACUGCUAACUUCUGUUUUCACACUUAUGGAGUCUGUUAGAAGAAAAAUAAAUGCAAUUAAUUAACUCUGGAAUUGCCAUUGAUUAUUAGGCCAAGUUUUUUUUUUUUUUUUUUGUCAAUUCAAAUUGCUAACUAUUUUCACUUGUUUAUAUAAUAAUAAUUUUAAUAUAAUAAUAUCACCUUUUUCUGAAUUUUUUUACAGAGAUCAAAUGAUUGACCAGUCAUGUUUCCCUCUUGUAAGCAGUGGACUGUGAAGUUGCAAUCCAUUAACUAUGCAACUAUAGUUAUUCGUGGCAAAAAUACAGCAGUAGAUAUUGGCAUCAGUUCAUCCCAAAGUGAAUAUGAAAAAGCUCUUCCUUUUUCAACUAUUCCUGGUCCUGGUGGUCUUCCCUGGUUUGGACAGUGGUUCAACUAUAAACUGAGUAAAUACACAAUGAUAAAAAAAUGUGUAUAAAAUAAGUAUUAGCUAUUUAAAGAUCAAGUGUUUAAACAUAUUUUUAUUUUAAAUAUUAUUUUUUAAGUCCAAUUUCCUGAACAAACACAUGGUACAACAUAAGAACAAUUUUUGUCACACAUUUAAUAGUUUAAAGAAAAAUAACGGUUCAAAUAUUUAAAAAUGUGUCAUAAGCUAAGAUCAUUUAUUUUGAUUAAAUAGAUGAAAAGAUGAGAAGACGACGAGAUUUGGUGAUAAGAGAAUUGAAUCAAAAGUUUGGAGAUAUUGUGAAAGAAACAAUUGCAGGCAAGACUAUGGUCCACCUUUUUGAUCUUGAUUUUAUAAAACAGGCGAGUGAUUCAUGGAUGUUAUCUAAUUAAAUUUUGUUUGCUAAAUUAUUUCUGUUUAAAAUUAUAUCAGAGUAAUAUAAUUUAGCUUAAAUUUACUUAGCCUAUCUUUAGUCAAUUUUAUUGGUUUUCAUAAAGAUUUAUGAAACGGAGCCCAAGUAUCCGAUUAUUCCACCACUGCUUGAAUGUGUUCAGUAUUAUCGCAAAACCAAAGAUUUGGCUCCAGGACUAGGAAAUAGGUACGAUUAUUUUAUUUGUUACUGCUAGUAUAUCAUAGUUUUAUUACCCUUGGAAACUAUUUAGUAUUUCCUAAAUUAUAUCCACAAUAAAAGGUUAUUAUAAUGAAGUUAUGCUGAACCCGUUUUAUUUGAAAGUUAUGAUACUCAUUAGGAUUUUAUUGAUAUAACCAUAUCAAUUCUAAUUUCAUUGGGACAUGAGACUGGUGUGUUCUCCUUAGGACUUGUUUUGAUUUCCUUAGGACUUGUUUUGAUUUUAAUACAAAUGAUACUGGCUUAGCUAAAUAAAUUACUUUUUUUAAAGACAGUAUGGUGAGAUUGUUAAGUUAAGUAAGAAGUUUUUAGCCAAAAUAGACCACAACAUGUAGAGUUUUUAAAACUCACUCGCCAUAGAAUAAAUCUUUUUAAAAUUUUGGCUUUACAGUAAUGGAGAACAGUGGUACAAACUGCGCAGUGUUGUUCAGCACAUCAUGCUAAGACCCCAGAAAUCUCUAGACUAUCUUCCUUUACAAAACAAAGUUGCAAAUGACUUUAUCAAGAAAUUUCCAUCACUAAUCUCCGAAAAUGGAGAAAUACCAGAUAUCAAUCGCUGGAUAGCUCGCUGGGGCAUAGAGUGUGAGAGGCAAAUCUACAUUAUUAUGUAUUAUGUAUUUAAUUUUAGAAGGAUAUUUCUAUGAAUGUUUAAAUUUAUAAUUUAAAAAAAAUGUUUUAUUGCACAAAUGUUUUAUUAUAUUGAACAUAUGACUUAUUACCUAAAUAUUUUGAUACUAACUAAAUGGUAUUUUUACUAAAUGGUAUUUUAAGUAUUUUGAUUUGUGAUGUAAAAACUAGCUUUUAUUUUUAAAGAUAAACCAACAAUAUUUCUCUCAGCUGCUGCACACAACUGUUUUGAUAGACGUAUGGGCUACAUAGAUGACAUAGGUCUUGCUGCAGGAGACAUAAUUAUAGAUAACAACAGCAAAGUUUUUACUCUGUCUACCAAACUUUUCUUCGCACUACCCUUCUAUAGAGUAAUUCCAACCCCAGCAUUAAGACAGUUUUUUGAUGCUGAAGAUUGCAUAAACAGGUAAGUGAAAACCUUGAUUAUUAGUAGUAAUUGGAUAAUAGUUGUUGCGUACCGCUAUAUUGUGCUGAGAAUUUAAUCUCUUAUUUGACUAUACGGCUCAUGACAAGCAGUACAUAACAAAGGACAUACCAUUAAUUAAUUACCGUAAUAAAGAACGAUACACUAGGGCUAAUGACAAAUAAUAAUUUAUUAAGUUAACUUUACAAUAGAAAAAUCAAAUGUUAUAAAACUAAGGCUAUUGACUUACAGUACAUCAAUGAACUCGUACCGAUACAAAGUUGAAAAAGGUGCACACACACACAGUAAAUAUUAAUAUACAAAUCUACGAUCAGUACAGUCUCGUAAUUGUACAAAAAUCUCUCUCUCUUUGUCUCACAGUCUCUAUCUAGCUCUCUCCCUAUGUCGAUUGGCUUAUUUAUAGUCUUUCUUAGCGACUUUUCCAGAAAGGGGUUACUCAUUGUAGCUGCGCCUAGACCUGUCUUGUAAGCUCUAAAGAAUUCUAAUUCUAAAGACUAUAGACUGUGUUUACUUGUAGUCAAGGUCAAGGGAGACAAUUUGUAAUUAAACCACACCCAUCAUUGCCGAACUUGGGGUCACCCAGAGUUCAUACACUGGUUUCACGAUGUAAAUAUGACGCCUACCGUAACAAUAGUAUACGUUUUUAAAGUCUUAAAUCUAAAAAAUUGAUUUUAAAGAAUUAUCAAUUAUAUUUAAAAGUGCAAAAAAAUAUUUUUUCCUCCAAACAAAUAGAGUCUGAAUUUAGUAUCAGAACCAGCUUGUAUGAAGUUUGUUUAAAGCCUUUUAGAUAGUCUCAGAGAUAGAAGUUUGCAAAUUCGGAUAUCAUCCAAAACUUAAAACAAGUAAUUUAAUUGGUUUAUGUAAUGAUUCAUCAGUGCUUACGCAAUGAUUCAUCGGAGGUAUUUUAAAAAAAAUUAUAAAAAGCUAUGAUUAUUUAUUCUGAAUAGAAUUUAAUUUCUAAUUUAAGCAUUGUUUUACCUUUGAUAACUAUAUUUAUGACCUUUUAAAUAUAUUAAUUAUUAACAGCUCCGCAAAACAGUUGUUGGAGCAAGUGGUGAAGGAAUACAACAAAGCACAUGAAGAGGGCAAGCUCAUUGGUGACAGAUUCCAGUUUUUGUCAUACAUGCUGAACAAUCAAAAUAUAUCUUAUAAAGAUGUAACUGCUGUUGUACUAUCUGUUUUGACAGACACUUUGAGCACAGUGAGUUAUAUAAACUAUUGAUUAUUUUACCAUAUAAAAUAUGUGUUUCCGUUAGCUGCCAUCAUGUAGAGGUAUGCAAACAGGUAAAGGAUUAGAAGCAUAUUGUUGUCAUUACUACUAGUCAAAAUUACCAAAUGCUUAGAUUUCUACUGGAGUAAUAGUAUCUCAUCAUUAUUUUCUACUUAAUAAUUUAAAUGCAUAAAUUAUAUAUUUGAAAGUAAGAUAAAAAAAUGUUAAAUAUUAACAAUCAGAGUAGGAUAUUAUAAGUGUAUAUUUUUUGGCGAGGUUAAACAAAUUGAAUAUAAUGUUAUUUUUUAGACCACCCAGGCACUGCUCUCUAACCUCUACACCUUGGCCUCCAAUCCUUCAGCCCAAGAGAAAGCCUAUGAAGAAGCUAAAAAAAUACUUCAAUCUGGAGACUUGACAGUUGAUGGCUUUAAUUCAUCUACUUAUAUCAAAGCUUGUAUUAAGGAAACAUUUAGGUAAAGUUAUCAUUAUUUAAUUUGCUUAAUUAUCUUUUUCGCAUGAGAAAGACAUACUUUAUUGGUAUUUGUGAUGCUUCCUUUAGUACAAAAUAUUUUUAUACAGGUUAUUUCCAACUGGUCUUGAUAUACUGCGCCUCAGUCCUUGCAAUAUGGUUAUUGGUGGUUAUCAAGUACCAGAGGGUGUAAGUAUAUAAUAUGCUAUUACAUAAGUUUGAUAUGGGAAAAUUUCCUUCAUUAAACUGAUAGCCCCCUGCGGGGUAGCAACAAAAAAGAGAGACACAAAAAGGAUUGUGGGUAAUUAAUCUUACUACUAAACUAAAACUAUUUUUAAAAUUUUUUUUUUUUUUUUAAAUAGUACCCGGUAAUUUUAAAAGUAAAAAUUUUUAGCUCUGGUUCCAACUACACAAGGCCAAACCAUAAGCCAGUGAGGGUAGUCAUGAAGGAAAACAGAUUUUGGAUAGCAAAGAGGUCUAUGGGAAAUGUUAAUAUAUAACUUUGUAUUUUUAGGGCUUUACUUGAGACUGAAACACCUUCGUCAUUACUAAGGCCCACACCCACCCUUUGUAAACACUAUUUAAGCACACCACCGCUGUCUCAAAUUAAUAACAGCUUCUAAGGGUGUGCAACAAAGCAACACAAAAUAUGCAUGCUUUUCUCAUCGUGACAAUCAGCAACACAUUCUUCUAACAAAUAAAAACACAUAAGCUUUUUGCUUGAUUUUUGCCUUUGAUCUAGUACCCAAUGAAUCAAAGUCUUGAAUGUGGUCACUUUUUAGCUGGGGCUGGGGAGAAACUGGGAGGAAAGGGAUGGAGGAGAAAGGGGCAGAGCCAUGUGGUGGCUUUGAAAUUAUGGGAACUGAGUGUAACCCUGAUAGCCUUAAACUGUCAGAAAUGAUAUUUUUUAAAUAAGGCUGAUUAACACAUCACUUAAUUCAUACCUCCAUAUUCUUGAAAUUUAAUUAUAUACUGUUGUUUUUUUUAGCUUAGCUGACAAAUUAAUGCUUAAAACUAAAAAUCAAUGGUCCUCAAAAUAUUUUAAACAGGAAUAUAAAACAGUUUUAUUUUCUUCUAAUGCAUGCUUAAGAAACUUGCCAUGUUCAUAUUAUUAUUAUUUUUGUCCCUCCCACUCAGACCUUACUGUGUUUAAACAACUACAUUUCAUCACUGGACCCUAAUAUUAUACCCAACCCAGAGACAUUUUGUCCUGAGAGAUGGGUGAGAGAGGAUUUGGCUGGUGAAAAAUUGCACCCAUACCUCCUCACACCAUUUAGCUUAGGCAGAAGGAUGUGUGCAGGUAAACACUAUUAGAGGGUUUUAAAUUAAAGGGAUUUCCUCAAGGCUGUCAUUAUUUUUUGUAAUCCCCUAGGCCAGUGGUUCUCAACCUGUGGGUCACGACCCCUUUGGGGAUCGAAUGACCCUUUCACAGGGGUCGCCUAAGACACUCGAAAACACAUAUGCUCUACAGUUGUGAAGUAGCAAUGAAAAUAAUAUUGUUGUUGGGGGGUCCCCACAACAUAAGGAACUGUAUUAAAGGGUCGCAACAUUAGGAAGGUUGAGAACCACUGCCCUGGGCUUUCAUUUAAAAAGACAUCAACUGCUUUGGGAUUGUUAGUUCUGAAUACUUAUUUUCUAAAAAAUGUUUCACUUCUACUUAUAACGUAUCAUUCCUGUCUACUGUGUUUACAUAAAAUGUAUGCUAACCAAUGGUAUGGUGUAUUGCAAUUAUGCUCCUGUGUGGAUGAUGUUGAUUUUCCUGUAACUUAAGUAACAAAAGUUUGAAAGUUCAUAGCUCUGCACAAACAUGUAAAACAAAAGUUUAAUGUUCUAUUAUAUCAGGUCGACGAUUUGCUGAGCAGGAGCUUGUGAUGAUGAUAGCCAAAAUUCUUUCUCAGUAUAGGCUUGAGUGGCACCAUGAGAAACUACACCAAGUAUUCAGAGUUUUGCAGUUUCCAGAUGGAGAUGUCAGUGUUAAAUUCAUACCUCGAAGUUCAUAAAAUAUGUUUAAUAGAUUAACUAAUUAUGAAAGAUAGUAUUUUCAGUUAAAGCCACAAAAAGCAAUAUGUUAAUACAAACGACCCCCUCCACCCCAUGGCACUUUAUUUUUAAUGUAUAGUAUGUUUUGUUUCCUUGGGAAUCAAAAAGCAAUAUAAAAUGAAUAUUAUAUAAUUUUAUGCUGGGGGAAUCAAAUGGCAAAGUCUUUCUUUAGGAGGGUAAUUUUGUAUAAUAAAUUAUAUUGUUUAUUUUUAAAGAUUCAUCAAUUUAUGCUGCAGCAAAUAAUCAUUGUGUCCUAGGAGAAAGGUUGACUGAGAACAAGUCAUGAAAAUAUGUUUUUUUGCAUGUUGCCUGCCUGUUGUUUUAGCAAUGUAUUGCCAACAUAUUUGUUGAUGAAUUUUGCUCUGUCAUCUAAUGUUCAUUAACCAAUAUCAUUUACAAGCAAAUAAAUUAUUUUGAAUGAUUUAAGACUUAUUGUGAAGAGAAAUAACCCUAAUCUUGGGGAUGCUAAUGAUCGGCCAUUGAUUUAUGUUUUUCUGAUUUAUUUUGAAAUAAAUAUUUGUAGGUUCUUGUAAACCACUAUUUUUUUCCUGUAUGUAAUUUUACACUUAAAAUUUUCCAUAUAUUUAUUUUAGGUUCUAUAAAACCGAUUUUAAUUUAAUAAAGAAUAUAAAACAAUUGUAUUUCUAGCUUAUUUUCUCAAUAUAAAUAAUACCAAGGUAUAGGAAUCUUCUUUUCAUUUUACUUUCUUUGUUGUGUGGCAAAGUUUUCAAAGUGCACCUAACUUUUUUAUAUUGUUGACAAAUUUGUUAAAUUUUAACAUGUUGAUCAAUUAGGUAAAUUCCAUAUCGAUGAAAUUUGAAAUCAAUGUGUAGUAGAGUUGUAAAGAGUGUUUUAUAGGGCAUUCCUCUCUGCAACUCUCUCUUCGGGUUAUUUUGUUACAAAGAACAGCUGCAGAGAGAGCCUAAUAGCAUAUGUUAUGAAUUAAAAAAUACAAUAACAUCUUGCUGGGUGGCCGAGCGGUCUAAACUGUCUCUAACCAAAUAGCUGAUGGUCUGGAGUUCAAUCCCCACCAAAGCCAACAUCCCAAGCACCCUGGGUGGAUGGGACUGGUUAGCCUUGGAUGGCAACCCAACUAAGAGAAGGCAAACUCUGAAUUUAAACCAGGAGCCAGAAUGAUCAACAAAUUGAUUGUGGGACCCUCAAAUAUAAGAAGAAGAAGGGAAACAUUUCUAAAUUUUUUAAGUAAACAAAACUGGAAAAUAUUUUUAUCACUCAUUGUGCAAGUUCUUUCAUUUAGUACUUGUUUAACAUUGGCCUAAUCAUAUAAAGUUAGACUACAUUGAAAGCCUUUUCCUAAUUUUAUCAAAUUUGUUUUAAUUACACUCAGGUGAUGUGCGUUUAUUCACAUAUUAGGUAUCUCAACCAAAAGCUCGUAUACCCCGACAUCACUGAUUUGCAGAACACUGCAAAGCUACAAUUUAGUAAGUCUCAAGAGUACUAAUAGUUUUAAUCUAUAUUUAAAAUCAUGUCCCUAAUUUACCAAUUAUGUAAUAAUAAUGAUGCAAACAUAAGAUGGCGGCAUAAAUUCUGUUUUUAAACAGAGUGCAUAUAACAAAUGCAGCCAUGUCAAGAAAAUAUAUUUACCAAAUUUUCAUAAACAGAACGUUGAUUAAUUCUUUUUUAAAAAUUUAAAUGCCAUUUAAGAAUUAAUUUUCACCCAUGCAGUACAAACAAUAGAAUAAAUACAGAUGGAGACAUGACCUAAGGUGCAUGAAUCUGUAGUAGCUUCUUUCUUUUAAAUGAAGGAUAUGGAAGAAAAAAUAUUGGACAAUGAAUCUUUUUAAUAAGUCUUUAUUUUUUAUAACUGUGCAGUUUAAAUUGGUAAAUAUUUACCAAAGUACUAAAGCCAGCAAACAUUUAAUGGUAAAAACUACAUAAACAUAAUAUUUUCAAUGCAACAACUUUCAAAUACGGUACAGAUUUUUUGUUGUUUUAUUUGUUUUACAAAUGAAAUGCAAAGGGAAA